AUGGCACGGUUUUCAAUUGCAGCUCUUAGUGUGUUGGUCUUGUCAAUUAGGCAAUGCGCAGCGCACUUUCUUCUGAAUUAUCCUCCCACAAUCGGCUUUGAUGACAGCCUCGAAACUACUCCUCCAUGCGGCAGCUUCACUGUCGACUUCAGCACGGAUAACGUGACUGAUUUUCAUGUUGGCGGCAACGCCAUCGCCGUGACAUCCAUUCAUCCACAAGCAACAUGGCUCUUCCGCGCAACUCUCGACAUAACUGCAGCAGGGAACUGGACAGCACUACUACCGGCCGUCCAGCAGACCGGUCUCGGUGACUUCUGCGAGCCAGUGGUGACUGUGCCGGCCUCCUGGGCAGGGAAGAAGGGCGUCAUUGGCGUCGUCCAAGACGCUCCGGACGGGAUUUUGUACCAGGUACGAUCGUCCGCCUCGCCCCUUGUAUCGCGUACCUGCUUGGAUCACAUUCUAACGUUGGAGCAACAGUGUGCUGCCGUCAAUUUCGUCACUGGAACUCAGCCGGCGCCCAGUUCAUGUAAGAAUGUGACUGGACUUACGGCCACUUUCACUACGGAUGCCUCUCUUUCCAGUCUGCCUGCAGGACCAACUUCGUCCGCGUCGACCACCACCGCAGCCACGACUUCCACGUCUCCAUCUCCUUCUGCGAAGUCGGGAGCCGUAUCGACCACUUCUUCAUAUUCAGGAAUCGGCGCCAUCGUGUGGCUCUCCAUGGUUUUCCUUGCGACGAUCGGUGUCCUUCUUCUGUGA